UCGGUUGAAAAAUUUGUUAAAAGGUUAGUCUCGGAGUCGCCACCAUCUCCCCUUCCUCAGAAAUUCCGAAUUUACGUCGCGAGACCCUCCAUGGUUGCCCUAGCCAAAUAUUCCAGGUUCAAAUAAACCAAUGAUUGUGGCUGAAAAUCUCCACCAGAACUGUUAAAACAAAAUGGCUUCUGAAACAGUUCAAGCGAGUUGCGCGAUGAAUGGAGAGGCUAAGAACAGUCCAGCCCUUAAAAGAAAACAUUUGGUAUCCGAUGAGAACAUCACAGCUUGUUACUGUGAUGUUGUAUCUGUUGACGUAGGGGAUAUAGGAACAUCUGGAAGAGAUAUGUUUGCAAAUAUAAAUGAUGACAGACAACCUGAUGGAGUCUCUAAAAAAGCAAGGCUGCCAGAAGAAUUGACAAUUCAGGAUAUAUACAACCAAGAUGCAUUUGAUGACGACGACGAGGAUGACAGUGACUGGGAGCCUGUUCAAAAGAGCAUAGACAUUAUGAAGUGGUUUUGUACCAACUGCACGAUGGUCAACAUUGAUGAUGUUGUCCAUUGUGAUAUAUGCGGGGAACAUAAAGCAUCUGGUAUUCUAAGGCAUGGAUUUUAUGCCUCUCCUUGUUCACCAGAAGUAAACCUUAUUCAGGUUAAAUCAGAACCCAGACAAAUAGACAAAGAUCUGGAGUUAGAGGCUUCAAGUUCCAACCGUCUUACAGCUGUUGGUUUUGAUGAGAAAAUGUUACUGCACUCAGAGGUUGAAAAGAAGUCUCAUCUGCAUCUAGAAAGACCAGAUCGUCUCCGAGCUAUUGCUGCUAGCCUUGCUGCUGCUGGUAUAUUUCCUGGAAAGUGCUGUCCAAUUCCUGCUAGGGAAAUCACUAAGGAGGAGCUUCAAAAGGUCCAUUCCUUGGCGCAUAUUGAAGCUGUUGAGUUUACAAGUCAAAUUCUUUCUAGUUACUUUACUCCUGAUACUUAUGCUAAUGAGCAUUCAGCACGGGCUGCUAGACUUGCAGCUGGUUUGUGUACUGACCUUGCUUCAGCAAUAUUUUCUGGACAUAUGAGAAAUGGGUUUGCACUGGUUCGACCUCCUGGCCAUCAUGCUGGUGUCACGCAAGCAAUGGGAUUCUGCCUACACAACAAUGCAGCAGUUGCUGCACUAGCAGCUCAGGUUGCUGGGGCGAAGAAGGUGCUCAUCAUUGAUUGGGAUGUUCAUCAUGGAAAUGGUACCCAAGAGAUAUUUGAUCAGAAUAAAUCGGUAUUGUACAUAUCCUUGCAUAGACAUGAAGGAGGGAAGUUCUAUCCUGGUACUGGAGCAGCUUUUGAGAUUGGUAGCAAGGGUGCAGAAGGAUAUUGUGUGAAUAUUCCAUGGAGUUGUGGAGGAGUUGGAGAUAAUGAUUAUAUUUUUGCAUUUCAACAUGUUGUGCUUCCUAUAGCUUCCGAGUUUGCUCCUGAUUUUACCAUCAUAUCAGCAGGAUUUGAUGCUGCUUGUGGGGAUCCUCUAGGAGGUUGUAAUGUGACUCCUGCUGGUUAUGCACAGAUGACACACAUGUUGAGUACCCUUUGUGGUGGAAAGCUGCUUGUUAUACUUGAGGGCGGCUACAACCUCCGUUCGAUAUCAUCCUCUGCUACUGCAGUGGUCAAGGUACUCUUAGGUGAAAGUUCUGAGUGUGAACCGGAGAAUAUUGCUCCUUCUAAAGCUGGACUGCUUACAAUGUUGAAAGUCCUGAAGAUUCAGAUGAAGUACUGGUCUACUCUCAGUUCAAGUUUCGAAAAAUUGCAGGCACAAUGGGGGAUGCAUUGUACAGAUAACCAAAGUAAGGGAAAAGAAGUUAAAAAGAGACGGGUUGAACCACCAUUGUGGUGGAGGUGGGGAAGAAAACAAUUAUUGUAUCAUAUCCUUACAGGUCAUUUUUAUCUAAGAUGAAAUAUAGGGUGUUGAAAAUUUGAGAUUUUAUUAUCGUACCUUUUAUAUCGUAUCUUAGUUAACAAGUUAUAUUUCGGAUACAUUUCAUCAUCAGGGAUGUUUUAACUUUCAACUGUGAGUUGAUGAUAGUGCAUGGCCUUGACAGCUUUUCUUUA